CUGUUAUAACGUAUUUUCAUCCAAUUCGUGAUAACAAAUUAAAGAGUGUCAAAAUUUCAAUGUUAUAAAUCCGUUAUCACGGACUGUGAUCUGUGAUAACAAAUAAAUAAAUUUGUUAUAACAAAUUAUAAAAUUGUUAUUUCAAUCUCCAAUGCAAUCUGAUAGUCUAGGCGAUAGCCAUAUUAUAAGCGAGGCUGUCAUCAAGGAAGCCAUUACACAAAAAGGUAAGGCACGAGUGUAGUUUAACAUUAAUUUUGGUUAUUUAUUGAUCAAUGUUCAUACAUGUUUCAUUCAGGAAUUGACCAGAAGCUUCCUGUCAUUAAAUAUCUCAAUGGGUGAACAAUAUAUAAUGUGCUUUUGAAUACAGGGUGUUCAAAAAUAUAAAAAAUAUGUUAUUUCUUCAGACGUAUGACUGCAGUUUCAAACUUGUAAACAAUUUAAUUGCUGAAUAACUAAAAAAAGUUAUCUGUCAAGCAUUUCUACUUUUUUCGUGCUUUAAUUUUGUAAAUAAGAAAAAUAAUAAAAAAAAGAUAAGAAAUGAUCAAUAGAUGGGAUCAGAAAACUGCACUGAAAAAGUGGACUUUUUUUCUUUUGAUAAACUCAUCUACUUAAAAGAAUAAAUAAAACUCAUUGGUCAAUUCACACACAUUUAGAAAUAUGAUUAACAUUUGUAAAUAUUUUUUCUGAAGUUAACCUUCCGAUGAACAAACACGCUCAAUUUGAUAUAUUUGCAUAUUUAAUUUUUCUUGUAAAGAGACUACAUGUAGUAUGGAUAGAGGAACAUGCUUUUUUAUAUAACAUAACUUGUUAACACCACAAUUUGACGUAAUAUGUUUCACAGUGCGAUUGUUGAGGGAAGCGCAGUAUACAUUCAUUACAGUACUCCCUUGAUAUGAAACCAUUAACAGAGAAUAAUUAUGUUUAUUUAAAGAUAUCAAUAUAGGUUAUUAACUUUACGUUUACACACGAAUUUUUAUAUAAUCUGUGUUUCAAGAUGACCUCAAAUGCAUGUGUUUUUCUUUAAACAUUGUUAAAUAAUCUGAGUUGAGAGAUAUUUAUAAAUGGUGCCCGGGGGCUUGCGAUGAUUGAAUUAAAAUUCAUAAAAAAUAAUUUCUAAUUAUAAAUAAUAUAAAAAUAUAAUUAUAUAAACUAUAAUUUAUAUUAGAUUCAAGUAGAUGAACAACAGAAAAAUUUAUUAGAAAAAUCGGAUAUUACCAUUACCUCUUACUCCUACUAAAUGUACUUGUUUUUAAAUAGAUAAUCUGAUAAGAAUAAGCCGAUAUCCAAAAUAAGCAUUUAAUGUUUAUAUCUAUAUAUUUUAAAAAAAAUGUCACCUAAUUUGCAAAUGUGACAUAUACCUAAUUAUUGUAUUAUCCUAAGGGUAAGUUCAAUUUAUGGAAGAGCCAAUGUAACAGCCACACGCAUGUUUUAUUAUGACGUCACAAACGCUGAACGCUGUAAAAUGCAACGUCACAAGCGAAAAUCAAAGUUCACGCUUGUUGCUGUUACUCUGGCUCUUCCAUUAAUAUGAACUUACCCUUAGGAUAAGAUAGGAAUUUUAAGGUAUAUAUCACAUUUGCAGACAACACGAAAUUAAAGAAAAUGUAAAUAUUUAAGAAAUAAACAACGUUAUUUAGUUAACAUGGCGUUAUGAAUAGCAAUUGCUCUGUUGGCCAUUUCCAAUAUGCCAGAAAAUAUGCCAGAAGAGCAAUUGCUAUUCAUAACGCAAUGUUCACUAAAGAAUCGUUGUGUAUUACUUAUAUUUGUAUCUUACCACUUGCAAAUACCCUGUAUUAGCCUAGACCUUGACAUUUAGCUAUUGCAUGAAAAAUAAACAUUCAGACUGUUGUGUAUCUUUUUAAUUCACAUAACAGAAUCAAUGAUAUAUAACAGAAAUGCCUUAAAAAUGUUAUUAUAAAACAUGUUUUAACAUUAAAUACAUCAAUUUUAGGGAGUUGGAGAAAAAACACAUGAUGUAUCGUAUAGUGUUUUUACAUUUUCAUUGUGACGUAACACCAACUACCUUUUAUUUCAGUUAUGACGUCAUAAUUGAUUUCAGUUUUUUUUUUAUUUCGCGUUCUUUUUUAGUUUCAAUGAAAAAAUAAGAGGACACAAGCAUUUUAUCAAUUUCUACGAAAACGAAAUCCGCAUCAUAUGGUUUUGAAUAGUGUUCUAGAAACAUCAGAUUACACAUAUUCUAAGAUACGUUUUUCCUGAAAUCGGUGGACUUGGAACGGUUUCAAAUAAGAUGUUUUCGUUUACAUAAUAGUAGUCCAAAAUUAAGACUUUUGUUGCAUUUUAUUCUAUUUUUAGAUAGUUCAUCAGAAAUUAAUAAAAGUGAAUCAUGAUAUUAAUAGUGAUAUUAUUUUCGAACAUUUUAAGCAUAAAUAACCCCCAUAAUAGUCACAAAUAAAAUGUACAUAUUUUCACGAAAUUGUUUACAUUUCAUCAAAAUGAAAAUUGGAAAUCAUGAACUUUGACCUUUUGUAGUUAUAAAACGGGACGGGCAAAAUUCAUUUGAAUUUCAUGAGAAAAAAGACUUUAGUAUAGUGAACAAAAUGGUAUGUAACUUUGGUACAACCUCUAAAAAAUGCAAGCCGCAAACCUUACCUUAAAAAUUUAUAACGUCAUGGAAAAGUAUAUGACGUCACACCUUUAUGACGUCAUAGUAUACAGACAGAGCAAUUGCGAUUAUAGAAAAAUAAUUGCAGUUCCUCCGUAUGGACUUACAGUGGGAAAGAACAAUGGAUAUCCAAAAAAUAUAGCAUUGACUCAUGAUUUUUUGAAGUAUACAGUCUCAUAACUGCAGCGGUGUGUGCAUGCAAAUUGAGUAACGCGCGUUACUAUAUAUUUGCUAGCGCGCAUCAUGGAAUAAGCCAACUGAGCAAUUGCUAUUCAUAACGCCAUGUUAACUAAAUAACGUUGUUUAUUUCUUAAAUGCCAACAAAGCAAUUGCUAUUCAUAACGCCAUGUUAACUAAAUAAUGUUUUUUAUUUCUUAAUUGAACGUCGCAGAUUUCCAAUGCAAACAUAAGAAAAAUAUUAACUCAAUGUAAAGUAAAUUAGUAUCAAUUUGUUUCAAAAGUUGCAUGAAUAAUGAAAUAAAAAGUGAAAGACAAAUAUUUUUAUUAGUUUAUUUACUUUUGCUUUUUGAAAAACUACAUUUAACAUUAGUUGACAAAACUGUUUUAGGUUUUAAAAGGUUAUAAAAGAUUUCAAUUUAUGAACUUUAUCAUACAAAUUGUUUUCUUUGUGUUGCAGUUAAAUAAAGAAUGGCUCAUUUUAAGACUGAAAUUCAACUGUACUUUGAUUUGGGUCUCUCCCACAAGGAAAUGCUUUUGAUAUUAGCACACUGUGAGGGAGUUAUUAUCAGUGAACGACAUCUUAGAAGAAUUUUACGAGGAAUGAAACUAUAUCGACGAAAACAUUACACAGAUCUUUUGAACAUCGCUUUGUUUAUUGAAAAUGAAUUAUCAAAGUCUGGCCAAUUACAUGGAUAUAGAUGGAUGCACAUGAAAUGUCAACAAAACGGGUUGGUUGUCAACAGAGAAACGGUUAGAAUUUUGCAACAGAUUCUCGAUCCAAAUGGUGUGGAACGUCGCUCAAAACGACGAUUAAAAAGGAGACAAUAUAUAAGUAUGGGCCCCGAUUACACAUGGCACAUGGAUUCGUAUGAUAAAUUGAAACCGUACGGAUUAUGCAUUAAUGGAUGUAUCGACGGCUUUUCAAGGAACAUAAUUUGGUUAGAGUGCUAUCGAACUAGUAGUGAUCCAACAAUCAUUGCUGGAUAUUUCAUUAAUGCUAUUGAUGCCAGGAAAGGAUGCCCAAAGCGUAUCCGAGGUGACAGAGGAACAGAAAAUGGACAUGUAGCUGCUAUGCAAACUCUAAUGGCAGGGGAAAAUAGUUUUUUAUAUGGCCAUAGUUGCUGCAAUACGCGGAUUGAAAGUUGGUGGUGUAUCUUAAGAAGGGAGGCAAGUGGGCACUGGAUAGAAUCGCUUGCAAAGCUGAAAAUGGAUGGUGAUUUUGAUGGAUCAUUUUUGGAUGUAAAUAUUCUGCAAUUUUGCUGUAUGGAUCUUCUGCAGAGUGAACUUGACGAAGUCGUUUGUGUUUGGAAUUCGCAUAGGAUUCGAGGAUCUUCAAAUCCGACAUCCCCAGCUGGUCGUCCAAUGAUCACUUACUAUCUUCCAGAGCUUUACAGUGCAAGAGGAUACAUGAUAAACGUUUCUGAAGAUAGAAUUGCUGUAUGUAAAAGCGAAUGCAAAUUUCGGGAUGAUGAACCAUGCGAUGUUGACAUUUAUCGUUUAUGUAUUAUUUACAUGGCAGAGAAGUCUUGGGUUGAACCUAGCAACCUUGACGAAGCUCUAAUAUUGUAUCGAAACCUGAGACAACUUUUAUAUGAAGAUUUGUUUGACUGACAUUAAGGUUUUUGGAUCAUUGUUCGUCUGUGUAACUUUUCUGAUUUUGUUAUGCUUAAAUUACAUAAAACGUAAUAAAGAUAUUGGAUUGGAAA